GCAGCUGCAUACUGUAUCCAAGUCGGGGAGUAAUGGCAUGAGUACCGCUUUACACUAUUUAGACAAGCUUUUCAGUGCGUGCGUUGGAAACUAAUAUUCGUCUCUUUCUGCGUCCACGUCUGUCACACGUUUGGGCCCGAAGGCGCAGAGAGGCGAGGUGAAGGGCGGUCGGACAAACUGUAAACUUAGUCAAAAGCGACAAAAGUCCCCAAAACUCGGCACGCUGACGAGGCGUCAAACGCCAAACAAUUCACCCUUUCUGGCUGCUUCAAAGAAGGAUACGCUGCUGGACAUGUGAAUUUAAAGGAGAUACUUGCUAAGCACAACAAUGAAACCAACGACUGCCCUGUGUUGCUUCGGCUUUCUCCUGACUUGCCUCGUGUUUGGGUUCAGCUCUUCACAAUCAGGUGGAAGGAGAGGUACAGGCAGGUGGGAGGUUCAUUCAAAGUCAGCGCAAGUAUGUGCGGGUACCGAGAACAAGCUGAGCACACUGUCGGACCUGGAGCAACAGUACCGCACUCUGAGGAAAUACUAUGAGAACUGUGAAGUCGUAAUGGGCAACCUUGAGAUCACAAGCAUUGACCGCAGCCGUGACCUCACCUUCCUCAGAUCUAUCCGGGAAGUGACAGGCUAUGUGUUAGUGGCUCUGAACCAGUUCGACUACCUGCCUUUAGAGAACCUGAGGAUCAUCCGAGGAACUAAACUGUACGAGGACCGCUACUCCCUCGCAAUUUUCCUCAACUACAGACGUGAUGGAAACUUCGGCCUGCGCCAGUUGGGUCUCAAGAACCUCACAGAGAUUCUGAGUGGAGGUGUGUACGUUGACCAGAACAAGUUCCUGUGCCAUGCAGACACAAUCCAUUGGCAGGACAUUGUCAAGAACCCGAAGAUCCAUCCUGUGGUGGUGCCGACCAACAGCAGCGUCACAUGUCAAAAGUGCCAUCGCUCCUGCAAUGGUCGCUGCUGGGGGCCCAAAGAGGACCAGUGUCAGAGCUUAACUAAAACAGUGUGUGCCGAGCAGUGCGACGGCCGUUGCUUCGGUCCCUAUGUUAGUGACUGCUGCCACCGUGAGUGUGCAGGUGGCUGCUAUGGCCCAAAGGACACAGACUGCUUUGCCUGCACCAACUUCAAUGACAGUGGGGCAUGUGUGACCCAGUGCCCCCAGCCAUUUGUCUACAGCCCGACCACCUUCCAACUGGAGCAUAAUCCCAGGGCAAAGUACACCUACGGAGCCUUCUGUGUCAAGAAGUGUCCACAUAACUUUGUGGUGGACCAUAGCUCCUGUGUGAGAGCGUGUCCUAGUAACAAGAUGGAGGUGGAGGACAACCGUGUUAAGAUGUGCAUCCCUUGUACUGACAUCUGCCCCAAAGCAUGUGAUGGAAUAGGCACAGCUAGCCUACAGACAGCCCAGACAGUGGACUCCAGCAACAUUGACAAGUUUGUCAACUGUACCAAAAUCAAUGGCAACCUGGUGUUUCUCAUCACUGGAAUCAAAGGGGAUGUCUAUCACAACAUUGAAGCUUUGGAUCCAGAGAAACUCAAUGUAUUCCGCACCGUUCGGGAGAUCACAGGCUUUCUUAACAUCCAGUCGUGGCCUGACAACAUGACAGACUUGAGUGUUUUCUCCAACCUGACAACAAUCGGUGGAAGAACACUGUACAGUGGGAUCUCCCUGCUGGUGUUGAAGCAGCAGGGCAUCUCAUCGCUGCAGCUUCAGUCUCUACGAGAGAUCAGUGCCGGGAACGUCCACAUUGCAGAGAACAGCCAGCUCUGCUACUACAACACCGUCAACUGGACGAGACUGUUCCGCGUCGCAAACCAAAAGGUUCUGGUCCGCAACAAUCGAAGACCGCAGGAGUGCUCCAAGGAGCGCAUGGUGUGUGAUCCCCAGUGUUCAGACGCUGGCUGCUGGGGUCCUGGCCCAGACCAGUGCCUGUCAUGCCGAUUCUUCAGUCGCGGACGGACAUGUGUGGAUACCUGCAACCUUUAUGAAGGGGAUAUCCGGGAGUACGCAAACGGGUCAGUGUGUGUGGAGUGCGAUGCCCAGUGUGAACGAGCCGACGAUGACUCUUUGACCUGCCAUGGCCCGGGCCCGGAGCAUUGUGUGAAAUGCCUUCAUUUCAAGGAUGGUCCGAACUGUGUGGAAAAGUGUCCCGAUGGCCUGCAAGGUGCCAAUAGCUUCAUCUUCAAGUACGCUGAAGUCAACAAUGAAUGCCAUCCCUGCCAUGCCAACUGCACCCAGGGGUGUAUUGGACCAAGACUUCAGGACUGCAUUGGCUGGAUGGACAGAACCCCUCUGAUUGCAGCAGGGGUGAUCGGCGGCCUUUUCAUGGUGGUGAUCAUGGUACUGAGCGUCGCGGUGUCUCUGCGCCGAAAGAACAUUAAAAAGAAGAGGGCACUUCGUCGCUUCCUGGAGACAGAGUUGGUGGAGCCUUUAACACCCAGUGGGACAGCACCCAAUCAAGCCCAACUCCGCAUCCUGAAAGAAACAGAACUCAAAAGAGUUAAGAUCCUCGGCUCUGGGGCCUUUGGGACUGUUUACAAGGGUAUCUGGGUCCCAGAGGGUGAGACUGUGAAAAUUCCUGUAGCCAUUAAAAUCUUAAAUGAGGCCACGGGACCCAAGGCCAAUGUGGAGUUCAUGGACGAGGCUCUCAUCAUGGCUAGCAUGGAGCAUCCCCACCUGGUCCGACUGCUGGGUGUCUGCCUGAGUCCCACAAUCCAGCUGGUCACACAACUGAUGCCUCAUGGGUGCCUGCUUGACUACGUCCACGAGCAUAAGGACAACAUCGGAUCACAGCUACUGCUCAACUGGUGUGUCCAGAUUGCCAAGGGGAUGAUGUAUCUGGAGGAGCGUAGGCUGGUCCACAGGGAUUUGGCAGCCCGAAACGUUCUGGUCAAGUCUCCAAACCACAUCAAGAUCACUGACUUUGGCCUGGCUCGCCUGCUGGAUGUUAAUGAGAAAGAAUAUAAUGCCGAUGGAGGAAAGAUGCCCAUCAAGUGGAUGGCUCUGGAGUGUAUCCACUACAGGAAGUUUACUCAUCAGAGUGAUGUUUGGAGUUAUGGUGUAACCAUUUGGGAAUUGAUGACCUUUGGAGGGAAGCCGUAUGAUGGAAUUUCCACCAGAGACAUUCCAGAUCUGCUAGAGAAAGGAGAGCGUCUUCCUCAGCCACCCAUCUGCACCAUUGACGUCUACAUGGUCAUGGUCAAAUGUUGGAUGAUUGAUGCAGAUAGUCGCCCCAAGUUCAAGGAGCUGGCUGCAGAGUUCACUAGGAUGGCUCGUGAUCCCCAAAGAUACCUGGUCAUCCAGGGUGAUGAUCACAUGAAGCUGCCCAGCCCCAAUGACAGCAAGUUCUUCCAGAGCCUGUUGGAUGAGGAGGAACUGGAGGACCUGAUGGAUGCUGAGGAGUACCUGGUACCCCACUCCUUCAACAUUCCACCACUGGCAUACACCCCCCGCACUCGCAUGGACUCCAACAAGAACCAGUUUGGCUGCCAGGACCCCAGCUUCAGCAUGGAGGACAUGCUGGCCACCCUCCCCAGAGUGGUCUCCGUUCCCCCUGUGUCUGUCGGCUGCCUCCCUCCACAGGACCUGGCCUCAGGGGGGCAGAUCGGUGGUGGAUUUGGUCGCGGCGGUCAGGACGACCCUCGCUGCAAUGGCACCCUGAGGAAGCAGGCUUCUCCAAGGUCAAGCACCCUCGGACCUGGUUCGACUCUCACCGCAGGACAAGGUGGAGGGGAAGACAGUAGUGGACAACGCUACAGUGCAGAUCCAACAGGUCUUUUAGCCGAGCGAGGAGCUAAAGCAGACAAAGACCAGGACGGCUACAUGACUGCCAUGAGAGACAAGAACUCAGAUUAUCUCAACCCUGUAGAGGAAAACCCCUUCGUCACACGUCGUAGGAACGGUGACGCCCACACAGUGAUUGAUGGAGCGAGCUGCCACACCCUGCAUGUGGCUGGAGCUGCUGCUGCCCCCAAAAGCCAGUCGACUCACGGUGACGAUGAGUAUAUCAAUGAGCCACUGUAUCUGAAUACCUUCCUUAACCCCGGGGACAAGAAUGGAUUGGCUGGCGCAGUCUCCAUCUCUGGCCCUGGGUCCUCUGCUGCACAAUCAGUACUGCAGACAGUGAACCCAUCAACAUCAAGCCACACUGUUUCCUCCACUGGAUAUGUGGUGCCCCCUGGUCACCUCCCCCACCCGUCGUAUCCAUCACACACCCUGCAUCCAGGGCAUUCAGGACACGCUCUGCACUCAGGCAUCACCAGCAGCACCAUCAUGUUUGAUAAGAAAGGCAAGAAAGCCACAUUUGACAAUCCUGAAUACUGGCAGCACAGUCUCCCUCCCAAGUCCUCACUGCACAACCCUGAGUACCUGCAGGACUGCAGCACACGCUUUUUCUACCGGCAGAAUGGACGCAUUCGCCCUGCUGUGGCCGAAAACCAGGAAUACUUGUCUGAGGCUGCUAUGAAAGCUGGCAAUGUUUUGCCGCCCCCUCCAUACAGACAGAGGAACACUGUGGUGUAGUGACCCACCUGUAGCACAUUGGAGGGAUGAAUAGAGGGAUAUGGGUGGAGGUGAAUGGACAUGAAACAGUCCUCUCUUUUCCCUGCAGUACUUCUCAACGUGGGUUCUCCUUGCACCUCCCCUGAACAGUUCUCUUUGUCAUGUCUGAUUGCAAACCUUGUAUUUCCACUCUAAGGUUCUGUCUUUUCAUGACAGAUCUACAAUAACAGUCACUGACAGCCUCAUUUGACAUUCAAACCAUCUUAAUUAACUUCAUCCUCGGUCAUGACCCUUAAAGCAAGUAGAGAUAUCUCUUUUAGGUCGGUUCUGAACUGGAGAAAACUGUCCUGCCAUCUUUAGCACCAGGAAGGCAUUUAAACAACACAAUCAAGGAUUGAAGGGAGGCGUUUAGUAGGAAAGGCAGGAGAAAUAAACUGAGGUUAGCCCAAAGAGGAUUAUUUUCAUGACCGCACAUGCUUUGCUUUAUACGCCCAUGAAUCACUGUUCACCAUUUCCUUUAAGAACAUUUUCCACUCAGCUAGAUGUGCAUGUUGUGACGUUCGCGAAUUGCUGUUGCUCGGGUGCAGUCUAACACGUGACACAUGCACAUGGAGUCGUGUCGUGUCUUACCAGCAAACCUGCAGUCAUGCUGAAAAGCCCAGAUGUGGCUCGCGUGUCUGCCCACACAGUUCCGCACCAGUAAUGGAAUUCAAGCAUUUAUCACGCAAAGCUCAUAUCAUACCUGAAACAUGUUAACAUUUCUGCAGGCUUGACACACCAAUAAUAACCAUACAUUAAUUCAUACGUAAAUACACACACCGACAGAUAAGCCUGCUGCCACUUGAAAAAUAUUCUGGAGGAGGAGCUCAGUUGGCCUUGUGCUGGAAGACAGAGUGUGCUGAUAAUGGCAGUCAGUGGUGCAGCACUGAAAAAGGGUCAGCAUGGAAAGUAAAUGUCACCGCAGCUGUGAUAUCGCCCAGUACCUGGUUGAAAGCAUUCGAGAGAUUAUUGGCAUGGCUAGGUUUGGAUUUAGAAGGUUGAUCGCUCAAAAGAUGACCCUUUAAUUCCCACAUUAGUUUUCUGUCCUGUUCCCCUUCUGCACCAAUCCAGUCCGAAGAGCCAGCAAGCCAGGCUAGUUCAAUAUUCCCUUCAUGAGAGUGUUGUGAGCAGCAUUGUGACCGACAUAACCCAUGGCAACUGCAGUACAAGAAAUAAUGGUUCAGUGGACCUAGUGCCUGUGAACAGACGAUUCUUUGAACAGGGCGAGGAACGUGAUUUUGGAGAACAAUUGAACAAAAUUGGUAAUAUAGGAUUUUAGACUAUUUAUCAAAGCAUAGUUUUUGUUCCUUCUUUUUAUUCAUCAGGGAUCUGUUUACUUUGUCACUUUGUCUUAUAAUGUAUUUUACUAAUAACGGAUGGGAUGAACAGCACAGACACCCAGCCAUGAAAGAGCACUGCGGAGAGGGCAAAGAGGCUAAGUCUGCAGAGCUGUAAAUAAGCCAAUUACAUGUCAUUACCAGAAAGUCACGAACCUGGAAAAAGGCUCCGUGGACUAAGCUGUGUCUCGACAGAUGUUAAAGUACAUCAAAGACAAGUUUGCACCUCUCUGUGUUCAUGCUGUUGUAUAUCAUAAAAACAGGAAAUUGACCACAUAGUCACAGUUUGCUCUGUCUCUUAGGGUUAUGCUGGUUCAGGUGGAGGGACUGUCAGAACUCUCUAAAGAGACCUCCUCUGUGUUUUUACCAUGGAAAUGGGACACUUGCUUUUGUACUGGUGUUUGACAUUAAUGGUGAGACAUUAUAAGUUAUCACUGAAUCUACUGAUGGCUAGCUUUCUGUACUCAUACAAUACUGCCAGAUGUCACAUUAAACUCUGAUGGAGACCACUAGCAUCUGUCGUCAAAUGACUUUGAAGCCUAAUUUAGGCAGGGGUUGAUAAUUUAAUGGCACUUAAUGCUCUGGCACAGCCAAAUGACUUUGCUGUUAUUCUCGCUCUAAGCGACAGUUCAUGCAUCUUUUUCCAUCAUGUUGCAACUAUAAUUUACAGUGAGACAACACAUGAGUUUUAUUGGCAUUGUAUGAACAAAGAAGCAUCGCAACUAUGGGGUUGGGUGACGCACAAUGAUAUUUAAUAUCAGGAAAUUUGUCAAAUUUUCCUUUUUUUACCCAAGUAGCUAUCAUUGGUUUACUUGACUAUUAUAGGCAAUAUUUCACCUGCUUCAUUUUAUCAAUGGAAUGUUGAGUAUUUUUCAAAUAUUUAUUUAAUUAUAUUAAAGGGGUACUCCAAUGAUUUAAUUUUGCACUUUUAUAAUGCUGGGGAAUGCAAAAGAGGCAUUUUACAAAAAGAAAGGCCAAGCUCACAGUAUCUGAGUAUCUUCAACAAAGAUAUCAAGAAUUUUAGUUUCUCGUAUGGUUCAAGCUCCAGAAACACUGGAUCUUACAUCUCCCAUAGUGCAGCUCAAUAAUAUGGUGCUUUACAUUCCUUCUCUCUGCUAAAUGCUUCGCUCACACCUGACACCUCAGUUAUAAUGUUGGCAUUGUUGUUGUUGGUUUUUUUUUGUUUUUUUUUAACAUGGCAUACUCGAUGGCAACACCUGGGACAUUGUUUCAGAUUUUUCGAAAGAUGUGAUAAAACUGUUUUCACAUCCUGGAUUUUAAAACUUGUCAAGUAAAUUUAACUUUGUCUCUGAAAUCAUUAGCGCACCCUUUUAACCAAAAACAGUGAGUCUUCACGUUAUUUAAACUGAGUCUAUAUACUGUUUAAAAGUAUUGCAAUAGGACUCACCGUAAUAGAAAAUUAAAUAAAAAUAGUUCAUCCUAAGUAAUAAAUGAUAAUGUCAUGAUGGAGGCUGUCCAAUCCCUGUGCAUGUUUCACUGCUGACAUACGGACCAGUACACAAACACUGUUACACAACCUUGUGCCUCUAUAUUAAAGAUUCAGAUGAGCAGUGCUGAUGAUUUACUGUUCAAAACACAGAUGUUGCCCUGGCACAGUGUUUUCUCCGCCUCUCAGGUUUUAUGAGAAAUAAUAAUCAUCCAGUUGAGCUCCAGCCGAGGCACAAGUUGCCAAAUCAUAAAGGGACAUCAAACCUAUUGAAAUAAAAGUAUAAUGGAAGAUAGAUUAGUGCCAUAAUACCACAGUAGAUGCACUGAUGAAAUGUUUAACUCAACAGAAAUGUGAAUUUUAUAGUGAAUUUUACUGUGUUAAGUAUCACUCUAGCACUGGCUGUGUUCUGUUACUACUCUGAUUUACCUGAUGUACUAGAUCUGCUGUCUUACACUUUCUGAGAUUGUGAUUGUUCUACUGAUUUCAGAUUUACUACUUUGGAGUGACACUUAGCUAUACAUUCUUUGUGUAAAUGUGUGCAGUGAAACUGUCCCCUCUAUGUUUUUACAGUUCAAAGUCAGUUAUGUAAGUCUAUUUUUGCCAUCACCCAUAAGGUAUUAGUAGUAGUGCUUGUAGAAAACUGUAUGUCUGUAUCUAAGAGCAGCAGAGAGUCACCAAAAGGCUUUGAAAUGGAUCUCUGUGGAAAAAUAAAGGCAAUCUUGUGGAGGGGAAAAGCUGCUGGUGCUCUCAGCUGGCAACCAUCACAAGGGGCUUUUAGCUUUUUGAAUGCUAAUUCAUCCACUUUCCCUUGUUGUUCUGUGGGGAAAUCAUGUUACCCGACAUCUCACCCAGUGCACCAGCUGAGAAACCCUGAACGACAGGCAAUAGGUUGUAAUCCUGCAGCGAGGUUAAAACUACGGUAUUAGCAUUCAAGAAAUGUUACCCGACCAAUGCAUCAAUGUUAGAAAAGCUACGAGGGGAGAAGGUGCGAGUGCACUGUAACUGGCAGAGGAGACCAGAGUUAAUUGCCGUUCUUUCUUUCUCCUCAGAGGUGACUGUAGAAUUGUAUGUAGCAAACACUGUUCUGCAGCUUAAGCGGUGAAAACUGAAGAGCAGCUAUGUGUGGAGUGAAUACGACCAAAAAGCUCCAAAAUGGGAAAGUGAUCAAAUGUUACAAUGAGUCAUAGCUUAAUGUGAAAAGAUGUGUUCUCUGUGAAGGUAGGUCUCGUAGGCACAGUGCAGUAAUUAUUUAAAGGAGCACAAUAACUCCCUGUCAGUACUGACUGCUCACCCAGUAAAUCAGCCUUAUGGUAACAGUUUAUUGAUUUUGCGCAUCUACCUUUGGAAUUCUUCUUUUGUUUUUUCCUGUGUAAAAAAUAUGUAUCAUAUGUGCUGUAAAUUGACUGUAUGUUUUUGUUUUAUAGUUGUUUUUGCUCUUCAGGGUCUGAUUGUGAGUUUUCGUUGUCUUAUGUCAUUCCGUAAUUAACCUUAAGGGGAUUUCUAACUGUGUCACAAUUUAGGUGGCUAGAUGUUUGUACUUUAGAGAAACUUGGUUGGACAUGUGUGUCAUUGCCAAAUGAAACUAGAUUAACAAAGACCAAAACUGGUGUCUUCAGGUGCUCCUCAUCAACUCAUUACAUUUUUUCAUUUACAUUUUCUCACCAAGCAGUUGUCCUCGGACAACCUGUAUUUAAAUACCAAUGGGUAUCUGAGACAGGUUUCCCAAUAUUUCACUUCACUGUAUGAUUUGCAUGUUUUACCUCAGCACAUGAUUGGCAACUGGUAGGUUAGACCAGAUUAAACAUCCAAAUAACUUUUGGCCCCUGUCCAGGUUGCCAACAACAAUGAACAAUAGUGUUUUUGUCAGCUUUACAUAAUUCACACCUUGCAGCUUUUUCAUUGGUUUAGUUAACGUGAUAGGAUUACAUUAUGUGACAUCAUAUGAGUUGGUGAGGAUUCCCUGAUCACCCAGGUUACAAAACUGACUGGUGCACAACUGAUUGUGAGAUGUUAAAAGCUGCAGUUAGGUCCUCCAAAGCAAAAGCCAGCUGACUUUUUGCCAGUGUGGGACCUUUGAAAUGGAACAACCCUCCUCUGUCCUUUAAGACCUAUCCGGCCUAGAAAUAAGGACUUUGGAGGGUCUAACUCCUGAACUGGGCCAGAGUGACUGUAUUUAUAGUGUGUGCUCUAUUUCUAUGCUUUGAUUAUUCAUAUCAUGAGGACAUUUUUCACAGCAUUAGUAAAUUCAGUCCACCUGUGGUCAAAGUGGUCUCACAGUACCCAAAAUACAUUCAUUACAUUUCAGGUAACACAAUUAACUAAACUACAAAUUGCUUUUUUCAGAACAUCAUCAAAUAAAUAGUAUUUUUAAAGGAAAACACAAAGCAGCUGAUGAACUCGCAACAGUUCUGCCAUUGUAAUAGGAUCAAAAUGUGUAUGGCUGUCACAUUGUGAUUUUACACUGAUUCAUAUUUGUAUAUUCUACAAUGCCAUGAAAACUGGGGUAGAAGACAAGUGGUUAAGUAAGCACAGUUUACAAUGCGAUGGUAAAACUGGGAAAUGGAAUUAAUUGUCUUGUGACAAAGACAUUCAGAUAGUGGGUUGAUCAACAGUUUUACCGUUAUUAAAAAUAAUAAUUUUAAAAAAUGUAUAAUAUUUUUAUAGGUGGGAAAAAGGUGGCCAGGUGCAUCUGUAAAUAGGACAAUGAUGCUUUUUUCCAGCUGAAGAUUUUAGUUUGUUUUUAUUAUUUCUCCUUGCAUCAUUGCAUUUUUAGUGGUCUGCCGUAUCUUAAUCUUUUCUUUGGGGAAUAUCUUUUCUGUAUGUAUAUAAAUAUAUAUACAGUAUAUAUAUAUAUUCUGUAAAUGUAAUUUGAAGAGUGAACUCUGACUUUAAAAAUGCUUGCAGGGUCUUCUUGUCACCCCCCACCCCAUCAUUUCCCCUGUGAUUGUGUGAUUGUGUUUUCCGCACAACUCGGUGGAUUUUGUGUUUCAAACUCUGCUCUUGCUCACUUUGUAGGAGUGAAUUUUCCUCUUCUUUUUUGUUUUUUCACUGGGCAUAUUAUACCCACAUUACCCUUCAUACUUCUCUCAGUAUUAUCCACCUUCUUAGUUUGUUUUUAAGAUUUUGUACACUCUUAAGAUGCUGUUGCAAUACUAAUGAAUAUUCAAUAUGACAUCCCCCUUUUUUCUGAGUCUUUUCCUAACAAAUGUUAUUAAUCCACAAGUGUCACUUUAAAUGCGGAGUUAUGAGGACCUAUACUAUAUUUUCUCGUGUAUUUUCAUUUCCAUUUGCACUGAGCUCAGCCAUUGUUUACUUUCAUCCAUUUGGGGCAAUAAUGAUUGAAUGGUGUAGCAUUAUCAUGUUGCAGCCCCCAGAGCGACUUGACGAUGUUGGUGAAACAAAAUGGAAGAGAGUUUGGAAGGGCUGGACUGCUGGUUUGAAUCACUGGUAUUUGCUUGUGCAGAUAGUUAGUAGUUACUACUUCAGCUUCAUCGGGACUUCACUCUUUUCAAGAAGUCACAAUUUUACAGGAAGCUACUAUUUUCACUUCACUGGAUCUUUGUAGGACUUUUGCGGAGUUGGGCCUAUUUGUCAGCAUACCUGAUAUUAGAUGUGAAUACUGCCACCAAAAUCAUCAACUGUUUUCAUUGUGGCUAUGCAGCAAGUGUGUAGGUAGCAAUCAGGCAGGCGUCAAAUGAUUUUCUAAGAAGCGAAAUGGUUUGUUCAAAUUACUAUCUAAACUGUUAAGAAGAGAAGAAAUUUCUGGGGACACAAUUUGGCAUUUAUAAGUACAUGUUAGAAACAUGUAUGCAGGGGAGUGAGCCAAACAGCUGAAGGUUUUUGAGAUGUUUUCUGUAUGGUUUCCUGAUGAUAAUUACUGCAUCUUUGUUUUCAAAAGUCAGAAUUUUAGCCAGUAUGAACAUGAACUACUUAAAUGUCUGUCGUAAUUUUUGUAUAUUUAUGCCAUAUUUACAGAAUACUGUCUGUUAAUUAUACAUUUACCAUUGGAAAAUGUACUUGCAUUUGAUGAUUCUGAUGGCAAUCCUGUCAUUUUCCAGCAUUUACGUAUAUUUGUAAGAAUGUGGUCAGUUUGGCAAACUCCUCAAAAGUCAUUGAAUCUCUUCAUUGAAGUUUGAAAGAAAGUCUGUUCUAUCGUGAAAUUAGCAUAAACUAUAUUUUCUUUGUAUUGACUCAUUAGAAUGAUCGAGAGCUAAGUUCUAUAAGCUUUGUCACAAAUUACCAGUUUACGUGUUUCUUUUCACUGGUUAAUUGACGCAUUUCUCAAGCUACAACAAUUAAAUACAUAUUCCCCAUGUUUUGUUACAUGAAUCUGUCAAAACUAUAUUUUUAAUUCAAUAUGAAUAAAGAUCAGUCAAUAUUUAAA